UAUUCGUCAGUUCCAAUCUAGUGAGCCAUUAGUGAAAAAACAUUAUUUCUCAAUGAAGUGCUUGCAAGUGGUAACAUAUCUUGCGGUUUUAUUUUCCGAAGUGUUCACAGUAUCACCAGAUUGGCCGAGAAUAUGUCCCGAUAUUGUGAAUAAAAAUCGCUGGGGAGGAAGAAUUGCUGUCGCUGUGGAUUAUGCAAUUAUUCCAAUAAAAUAUGUCAUAAUUCAUCAUACUGUAACUCCAGAAUGUGAUUCACAAACUUCCUGUGCCAAUAUUAUGAAGAGCAUUCAAAAUUUUCAUAUGGAUACAAUGGAUUUUCAUGAUGUUGGAUAUAACUUCGUAGUAGGUGGUGACGGGAAAAUUUAUGAAGGCUCUGGGUGGCACAAAGUUGGAGCUCACACUCGUGGAUAUAACAGCAGAUCGAUAGGACUUGGCUUCAUUGGAGAUUUUUCGAGUAAGAGGCCACUAAACUUGCAAAUUAGAGCUGCUAAAGAUUUUCUGGAGUGUGCAAUACAACUGGGAGAACUGGAUAAAAAUUACGUACUAUUUGGAGCUAGACAAGUCAGUGCCACGGCAAGUCCAGGUUCUCAAUUGUUCAAGGAAAUACAGAAUUGGACGCAUUUCGUUCAAGUGCCGUGAAUUUUCGAAAUGUACUACAGAUAAUAAUAAAACAACAUUCUGACUAAACUGAAAAUGUUAUUUUUGUUCAUAAAUUAUUAUAUUGGGAGAGGUACU